UCGACCCAACUUAAGAUUCGGAUAUGACCCGUUUUGAAUAAGUAGUAAAUGAGCUUUUGUCUCAGUGGUCUGUAUAACCUGAAAACCCCAAAGCAGAGAAAGAAGAAGAGAAGCUCUCAAGAUGGUGAAGGUCCUAACCUACUUUGGCAUGACUUUGGGAGCUUUCGUUUUCUGGCAAACCAUGGAUAAAGUCCACGUCUGGAUCGCUUUGCAUCAGGACGAGAAGGUAAACUUCCCCUUGUUCCCUACUCAAAUUGAAAUUGGACUGAGAAUUUGGUCGUUUUUGAAGAUCACAUUUGGAAUUCGAUUCGGUUUCAGCAUUAAAAUCCCAAACAAUGAAAUGGGCUACUGCUAGAUUGUUCAUUUCUUUAUUGAAAAUCUGAUCUUUUGGGUAGGAUAGAGUGGAAUUUGGGGAUUAGGUUUUCAAAUGUGAUUUUCUUCAAAAAAAGGUUGAUGUCAUCUGUGAUUCUGAUAAGUAAUGUUGUCUCUCAACCAAAUGCAAUCAUGCAGUUAAAAGCUGUACGCGGUUUAACUGCUUGACAUCCUUGAGUCAUCACUCGUCUUGAGCCAAUUCUUUUGUUCUCUGAUAUAACAGUACCUAUAUCCUCAGGCCUGUGCUGCUAGCGAACGUUUCAUGCAUCAGAACAUACCCUAGUUUUUAACUCUGUUUAGGAUAUUCAACCUCUGCAAGCAAUAACGGGUGCUUGUUUUUCAUAUUUUAACGUCAUCCAUUUCGCUUUUAUCCAUUGUCAAAAUUAAGCAAAGACACAUCUUUGAAUUGUUUACUGAACUCUAUUGCUUGCAAUGUGGUCUAGAUGCUGGGUUUUUAAAUAAUGUGGAAAUAACCCCGUCAUUCUUUUAGAAAGUACAAGCUUGUCAUUUGUCAAGUAGGUAGGGAGUACUGGAUUAUGGACUUACCCAAAAGUGCUGCUCUGUAUAAGAGUUUUGUUGAGACAUUUUGCAUAAGAAAAAAAAAUUAUGUUACUGAUCCUACUAAUAAUAUAUAUUAAGAAUGUAUGACAAGACAAUCCUACAGAAUUCCUACUAAAGUUUUCUUAGCUGAAAGGCACAUCGUUGCUGAUAUUUUGCUCCUCAACCUCUGGUCCUUAGAAUGAUCCGUUCAAUUGAUUUACCUCGUAUUCAGCAGAAAACAAUAAAAUCCAGUUUUCACAAAAACUGUAUAGUAAAACUAAAGCAUAUAUUUCCACAAACUAGUUGUCUUUUAUUUAGCAAGAAGUCAUCAUCGAGCCUGAGAACACAAAUGAUUCAUCAUCCAAUAUAAGUUUCAGAAUCUUAGGUAAAUGAAAUUCAACAUGGCUAGCUAAUGAUUAUCAAGGUUCUCCAUCUUUGCUAUGAUAUGAUAAAAAGUCCAUCAGGUAGUGUUUAGCAGAUAGAUAAUGCAGCUAGAUUAACCAAGUAUCAUAAGUUCAUGGAUAUAUAUUUAACCACCCUUGAUGCUCACACCCUAGCAAAUAACGGAAAACUCCCUCAGAUGAACUUUUAAGCUUUGUGUUUUUCCUUCAAUCAGAAACCAGUUCGUUCGCAUCAACCAAAUUGCCAUAGUUCUUCAAAGACAGCAAGCUCCCAGUAUAACUCACGAGGUACGUAAACACCCUACCCGAUGGAGGUGAAAAUAACUUCACAGGAGUAGACCUUAAAUCCAGAAAACUCUUACGAAGCAUUCCGGAAACUGCUCGAUGAUAGCAGAAAUAUAUGCCAUGCUCCCAUUCACCGCAAGUAGCAACUUCCGGUAGUCUAAACCCACAGAACGUUUCGACAUCUACAACAUACUAUAGCAUCCCAACUUUUCUCUCAUAAUCUUUUAACAUCCGUAUCUCAAUGCUGCUCUUAUUUAACGAUGGAGAGUGGCCGAAAGGGUCAAAGAGCCUCUGAAAGUACGCAAAUGAAUUUUGCUCGUCAAAUCCAAAGAGGGAGGCAUAGGAGUCCCAACCGAACUCUUCUUUGGUGAUGUCAAAACAAAGUAUACGGCUCCUCCCUUCAAUUUGUGUAAGCCAAUGCACAUCAUUACAUGCAGGCACACCGCGCUUGUAGAACCUGAAGUCAUCUGGAGGAACUGAGGAUAUCUCACGCCAUGAGCAAUUCAAGUACAUGUGCCACGAGCUUUUGUGUACUUAAACA